UUGUGAACUGUCCUACUUUAGCUUGGGGAAUCCCAUGAUGUACACUGGUUUUGGUGACGUCAUGGGGUUAGCGUCACGGGGAAUCACCACCGUACAGAUGUCUUUGGCUUCCCAAUCUAAUAAGUUGACAAAAAAGGGAUUAAUUCCACCGGCUGUGACGUUUUCCUGGUGAAGACCUUUGGCAGAAAACCGUCCUUUGUUUUUGUGCUGUCUUGUGGUGUCAAAGUCAAGAUGCAUAAUGUCACAAAGGCGGUACAAGACCGAGUCACCCCUAGCUCUGCUAAGACGAUGCACAUGUCGUUUGACAAUCCUGCUAGGGUGAUCAUCAAUGCCAUAAGUCUGAACAAGGACGCUACACAAGUUGUCAUAGCAGGCAGAAACAUUUUCAAAAUAGUGUCCAUCGAGGAAGAUCAUUUUGUGGAGAAGACCAACCUUAGGGUGGGGAAAAACAUCAAUUUGAACUUCAGUGCUGCAGAUGUAGAAUGGAAUCAAAAGGAAGAUCACAUUUUAGCAUCUGCUGCAACAAACGGCUCUGUUGUGAUAUGGAAUUUGAACAAACCGUCCAAGUCAAAACAAGAACAUGUGUUCAACGAACAUGCGCGGGCUGUGAACAGGGUUUGUUUCCACGCCAUGGAACCUCACAUGCUUCUGAGUGGAGACAAUGGGGGCUGCAUCAAGCUGUUUGAUGUCAAGCGUAAAGAAGUGAGUAUGUCGUUCAACAGUAACUCUGAGAGCGUGCGUGAUGUUCAGUUUAACCCUCACCAUUACUUCCUGUUUGCUGCAGCCUACGAAAAUGGUAAUGUUAAGAUCUGGGACAUGCGGAAGCCUGAUCGGUGUGAGCGUCAGUUUACGGCUCAUGGGGAGCCCAUCUUCACCAUUGAUUGGCACCCAGAGGAUUCUAAUUGGAUAGGCACAGCUGGUAGGGACUGUACCAUUAAGGUGUGGGAUUUAAGUAAGAUGAAGUCAGUUCAUAUAGUCCAGACUAUUGACCCAGUGUCCAGGAUAAAGUGGCGGCCUCAGAGGAAGUACCAUAUUGCCAGCUGCUCCCUUCAACUGGACUUCAACAUCAACAUCUGGGACAUCCGCAGACCUUACAUCCCAUUUGCUGCGUUCACAGAGCACAAGGAUGCAGCCAAGGGUCUGGCAUGGAAGCAUCAGGACCCACACGUGUUCCUCAGCUGUGGUCGUGACAACACGCUUUACCAGCAUGUAUUCCGGGAUGCUAUCCGCCCUGCUGAUCAUAUCGUACCUGCCGGACUCGACUUCAGUCUUCACGGAGCUGUCUCGUUUGCUAACUGUGAUAAAGGAACUGUGGGUUCGCGACCAAGUGGCUUGACAUCAAUCUUCAGGAAAACCCCUGACAGAAGUGAACAGUUCUCCCAACAGGUCACCAGCAGUCUCUUUAUGGCAGACGACAUUGAAAAGUCCAUUAAUGUAAAUCUGUCACUGGAUGGGUUUGUGGAGUCUGCGAGAGGAUACCAGUUGUCAGGGCGACCCAUCGAGGAACUGUUCGACCUCAAUGCAAAUGUUGCUCUCAGUCUUGAAAAAUUUCAGGUAGCACAGACGUGGCAGAUCCUCAAGCUGCUUUACUCCAACAGUUUGACCUUCACGCCGACCUUUGGCACUCAGCAGAGCCGCUCCAUGUCCCUGACGCCUCAAACCAUAGAGAAGCAGGAUAUAGAGAGAUUAAAACAGAACCUGGACAACACAUUCCCUGAUAUCCAGGCUGUGGGAUGGGGAGGGGAAGAGGGAAGGAACCACCUCAGACUUUCUGGUGGCACAGAGGAUGACUCUGAUGCGGAGAACUCUGAACAGGAAAACCUGGCUGAGAUAGCCACGGGAUUGGGCAAUCAGUGCAGCGACUUUUUCUUCGGGGACGUAGACGUAGAACAGCUAACUUGGAAUUCACUUCAAGACUUGACCCUCCCUAGCGAAGCCUUCCAGCCCCGUCAUGAAAUCCUUGAUCAGUCCACGCCCCCGGAGACACAGCUUCUGAACGGGGCCAUUGACUCUCCGCCGAGCGCGAAUGAGAGUGACCUGAACAACCAGCACCCAGACCAGGAAACAGAGAUUCAGGCUCUGAUCAAAUCCCUCCAGCCCAUUACCCGCUUACCUGAGUGGAAGUUCUCGGACAUUGUGCUGGAUAUGCUCAAGUACUACGCUGAACAGGGUGACAUCCAGACCUCUGUGUCUAUGCUGAUUGUCCUGGGGGAGAGGCUGCGAGGGAAAAUUGAUGAGCAGACUCAAGAGAACUGGUUUGCCUCCUACAUUGAGCUGCUGGGGAGGUAUGAACUGUGGUCAGUAGCUAAUAAGGUGAUCAAGCUGAGCGGGUUGCCUCAGAUAGGGAUGCUCAACCAGCAGUCCACGACAGUCCACACCAACUGUAACAACUGCUCUAACAAGCUGCUCCAGUCUGGCUGGCUCUGUCAGAGAUGCAAGUCCCUCACCAACACCUGUAGUAUAUGCCAUUUACCUGUGAAAGGUUUGUAUGCCUGGUGUCAAGGAUGCUCACAUGGAGGUCACAUUCACCACCUGCAGGAGUGGCUCCUUAAGAACUCCUCGUGUCCUACAGGUUGUGGCCACCUGUGUGAAUACACCUGACAGUUCUCAUAGAGGAUAUAUUCAUCACCUGCAGGAAUGGCUCCUUAAGAUUUCUUCCUGUCCUACUUGUCUUGGCCACCUGUG